ACCGUUAACAACACUUCACAUUGGCUACGACGAAAAUUUUUUCGCACGCGUGUGAAAAUCCCAUUUGGAAUUUAUUAGGGCGAUUUUACUGUUAUGCGAAUCCAAAACAAACCCAUAUCAAAUCGAGAAUCUUAGCGGCGGGCCUUAUAAAAUAAAUAAAAUCCCCCCACCUUCUUUUUCCUCACCCUUAAAGCCAUAGCUUUGCAAAAUUUUGCCAUUUAAAUCAAAGUGUGCAGUUUGGGUUAUUCUCUCGCCUAAAUAGUGAAAUACGCAAAAUAAAUAUUUAAAGCGAUUUCUGGCGGAGAACGGUUCGGUCUCCUUUGGGCAUGGUGUGUGGGGCAUGGCGAUGAUGCUGUUUUUAUGGCAUACAAACACAAUUUCCCAUUGCUAUGCUUAAUGAAAUGAAAAAGUAAAGAAAAAUAAUCAAAAGUUCUUUGUCGUGUGAAAAUAAAAUGUUCCCUAUCGACUGGGGGAAAAUCGUGGUAAUCAAAGAAAAUUUCAAAAAAAAAAGAUUUGAUGAGGCCAAGCCUUGAUUGAUUUGCAAUUGUUAAUCACUCCACAAAGUGAGUGAGAAUAGUUAUAAUCUGGCCAACAUCAUCAUAAACAGGAAAAAAACCCAAAACGAAAAUAUAAACUUUUGUUACAGCGACCAUUUCUUAUCCUUUUGUCUUGGGGAAGUUCACAAUUGCUACUGAGGAAAAAGUGUAUGUUUUAGAUAUUUUGGAUACUGAAGCUGCAAAUCGUAUUUCAUCCUUUUUGGUCUAGAUAAAAAAAGGUAAAUUGUUGGCAUCACUGUCAAUACAGAAAGGAUACACGGACAGAUGGACAGGAAGAAUUUGUGACUUGAACCGGCCACUGCAUCACAACCACAGUCAUGGCACAGGUUUUCUCAAAGGCUGAGGUAAUCUUAAGAGAAAAAAGGUCAAUAUAAACAAGUGAGGACGAAGAACUUAAGUCGGUCAAACUCAACCUUUGAUACCUUACACCACAUUGAGUAUGCAGGCUACGCCGUCGAAAUUAAAAUUUGCUUACAUUUGAAAUGAAGAAUUUUGAGAAGAUCGGUUGAUAACCGCACUUGCAAAGGCCCUGAAAGUCAACUGAAGAGUCAUAGGAAAAACCUUUGUGCAAAAUUUCGUACUAUCAAUUUAAAAACAUUGUGUAAAUUUAUAAAGUUUGUGCAAAGAAUGUAAUUCGAAAUAAAACCAUAGUAGCACUCUUUGUGUAUUAUGGAAGUUCUUUGGCAAUCUUGCCCUUGUCUGGUUCUGAUAACAGAUGACUGAGUGAUUUUGAUUUUGGCCCAAACACAGAAAUGAACAUAAAUUCAAUGGAAAAUGUGAAAUCCGGAUAAGGAAUCCAAAAAGAAAGAUAAACAAGCAGGGAGAGAAAAAAUAAAAAUCAAAUGCCAAGAGGAAUCAAAAUACUAAACAUCUUAGAUACAUAUAAGCACGCAUAUGAAUAGGCAUCACUUAAAGGCAACAGUAGCAGCACUAUCCUAAAAGAAUCUGCUAAAGGGCAAACAACAAUGAAUUUAUGACUACCAAAGAUAUGUAAAUUAAGUUAUAGAAAUUGCUUUGAAUAUAAAAAAAAAAUCGAGCAUAAACUAACAACAAGAAAAGCUGCUUGGAAAAGGAAGAACACAAUAACUUACACAUCAACAGAAAAUUGCAAUAUAGAAAAUAUAAAUAAAAGCUUUUCCAUCUCUCGCCCACACAGAAAAAUCAAAUAAUCUUUAAAUAAAAAUCAAAUACAUAUGUAAGAUAAAUAAAUAUAAUAAAAACCUCACACGAAAAAACUCACACAAUAGAGUUGAGAAGUAGGAGUAAUAAAUGCUUCAUUCUGUGGGCAUAUGCAUAUGAAAUUGGCAAAAAAAAAAAACUAUACUUAGAAGAAGACAAUUUUAAAUUUUGCAAAUCCUGCUGACAAUCUUUGAUGCUCAAAUAAUCCCACGCCCAUGAAUUGAAGGAGAUUAUCCUCAAAUUGUAAUAACUCCUCAAGAUAUAAAAGAGCAAGCCGUAUAGUAACAGCAAUAGUUUCAGCCAACAAUCAUCUCAGCAAAAAAAGUCCAUUAAGAUAAGUCGUAUUAAGUAGGCGCCUUAGCAAGCAGCACUGAAAAAACAAUCGACGGAAAAAGGAAAUCACAAAUACUCACUUACUUGCACACAACAGAUUCGAUGACAUUUUUAUAAAGCUAAAACUUCGAUGCAAUUUCCAUGCACAUGUACAUCCACUCAACAUACAACAGAACACACAUCAAGAGUAACAACGAUAUUCACUCCUACUUAAAAAAAAAAAAAACAGUCAUAUAAGCGGCAUUUAGACAUUGCUUAAAGGAUAUUAUUGCCAAAACUCUUUCACACCAUCCAGCCAACCAAGCCCGUCAUACUGCUAGGGAUACUCCAACAUAUUGAGAGCAGCCAAACAACAUUUAACGGAGUUGCCUUAAGAUUAUAGGCUCUACCGCUCUCCACCCCUCUCUUGCACACUCUCGCCAUAAUACAUUGUCUUCGUUGUCGUAGUUGUGACUUCACAACAACGGCAUCAAAAUCUAGCCAUACCAGCAGAGGAGUAGCAGCAGCAAUAGCUGGAACAACGGCAGCAACAUGUUGCUACGACAUCAGCAUGCCGUACUAAUCGGAUUUACAUUGUUAAUUUAUAGCUUACAAGGAUAUACAAAUGUUCAAGCAGUGGAUCAAGUCAUCACCGAAAAAGAGGGACAAACCGUUGUCGUGCCAUGUCCGGUGAACAAAGACAAAUGCGGUGAAUUACAUUCACUGAAUUGGUUUAAGGGUGACAACCGCAUAGCGGCCAUGCUCUUGGAUGAUAGUAAUGUAACAAGUGUGGCGGAGGGAUUUGAAGACAGAGUCUCCGUUGAACAAAAUCCUUUUAGAUUAAUUAUAAGAAAUUUAGAAAUUGCAGACCAGGACAUUUAUUUAUGUGAUACAACAUAUUUUAUACCAAUUGAAACAUGUGAUAACUUCAAUGGCCAUCGUGUUGAGCUGAAAGUUUUAGUACCACCUUCGGAGAUGGUGAUAUGGGAUGAGAAAGGUGAUCGCAUUGCAAAUGGCACCGUUAUAGGACCCAUGCAGGAGCGCCAAAUGCUUAAUCUCACUUGUGUGGUGAGAAAUACAACACCUAUGCCAGAAGUUGGAUGGUAUAGGGGGUCCGAGCUAUUGCCAGAAGUUGAUAUCCAUUACGAUGACAAAGAUGGUCUGUUCAAUGUAACCGUUGAGUUAUAUCUGAAAUUAACCCGCAAAGAUUUGGCCCACAACAUUGAAUGUCGUGCCAAGUCGGCAGCUAUACAAAAUACCCUGUCUACUCAAUUCAGUAUCGAUUUACAAGUGCGACCUACCAAUAUUCAUAUAAACGGUGUGGAAAAGUACACAGUACAAGGCAGCAAAGUGGUCUUAACCUGCAGUGUUUAUGGUGCGCGUCCUCCAGUUAACCUAACGUGGUACAAUUCCACACAAACCAUUGAUCCAGCUGAAAAUGAUCUUACAGAGAUUCGUACCAAAGCGAUUGAACAAGCGGAUGGCACCUUUUACACACAAUCCGAACUGCUUUUCAAUGCCACACGCUUUGAGAAUGAUAAAGAGUUCCGUUGCGAAGCCGAGAAUAUUGUGGUGAAAAUGAAUGGGGAAAAACCUUUCCAGGCCUUAUUGGGCUUGGAGGUAUUUUAUCCACCUGUAAUCGAUGUAAAUCCCUUAAAUGCCACAGUGAAUACUGGCGACAGUGUGUUACUGUAUUGUGAUUAUGUGGCAAAUCCUGCAACAUUAAAAAGUGUAUUGUGGUACCGCAAUGGUGUGAGUUUGAAUGUAAGCGAUAGUGACCACUAUAAGGGAGGCAAUUCUGAGCAUGUUGCCUUGUCCAUACGUCAUGCCGUCAAGGAGGACAUUGGCAAUUACACCUGCGAACUGACAAAUGAAGCUGGCCAAGGCAUUUCCGAGGAACAAAUCAACUUGGAUGUUCUUUAUGUCCCCACCGUGGAGGUUUUGAUGACACCUGUGGAUUCGGUCAAGGAAAGUGAAGAGGCAAAUGUUACACUGAUAUGUAAAAUUAUCGAUGCUAAUCCCCCUAUUUUGACUAAAGUGCGCUGGUAUGCCAAUUCCACAUUGCUUAAGGAACUGCCGGAUUGUGAAGAGACUAAAGAGGAUUUGUGUCACAUUGAUCCCAGUAAAUUGCUAUUGGAAAGUAUUGGACGAGGCUUUUUCUAUAAUUAUUCCUGCGAGGGCUAUAAUGACGCCGGUUGGGGACCACGCAGCGAAGAUAAAGAAUUGUUGGUCCUUUAUGAACCAGGUCCAGCCACCAUAGCUCAUUUUCCGUUGAUAGCCGUUAAGAAGAAGAGUGUUACAUUCUCCUGCUCAGUCGAUGAUCCAGGUUAUCCCGAAACAAAUAGUUUCCGUUGGCUGCGUGGCGGUCGUGCCUCCUCCUCGGACACCAAGGAUUAUACUAUAGAGCCUGUGGGUCUCGACAGUCGCACCAACUACUCGUGCUAUGCCAUGAAUGCCGGCGGCAAAGGUGCCAUAGCCACAGUCAAUUUGGAAGUACAUGCUCCGCCAUUUUUCAUCAAGAAUCUGCCCCCAUACACGGGUAUGCUGCAUACAUCACGCAAUGCAAAUCUAACGUGUCGCAUUGAGUGUGUGCCACGCUGUGAGAUAUCCUGGCUGAAGGAUGGUGUCCCCAUUGAGAAAAAUGAUACACGGUAUUUUGUCAAAGACAAGUACAUGGAUGCUUCACCGGCAACGGGUGACUUUGAGAGUAUGCUCUCGGUGCUGCAUUUUAAUAUGUCCAAUUGGCCAAAUAACAAAUUUGACAUCGAAGGAGAUAAUGCCAAUUAUACUUGCAUUUCAACUGGCAACGCUGUGGGACCGGGUAUAAAAAGUGCCACAUAUUUCAGUAUUGAAUAUGCCCCCGAUAAUACCACUGUAUCAGAAGAAGUCGUUUAUGUAGCGGAGGAAACAACACCAGGACGUGUCAUGUGCAAAUCGAGAGCUAAUCCGGAGCCCACUUAUGAAUGGCAUUUCAAUGACAAACCCCUUAUACAGGGCAGUGCUUUGAUCAUCAAUACUGGCAUGACGCGCAACGAGAGUGGCCGUUACACUUGUGUGGCGUUUAAUAAACAUGGGCGAAGUACCGCUGAGACAGUAAUCGAUGUUCAAUAUAAGCCCCGCUGCGAAAUUGAAAGGAAGGAGAUUGACGAUCAGGAUACAUUAAUUUGUACAGCAUAUGGCAAUCCGGAAGAGGCCGAUUUUUCAUGGUCAAUUAAGGCUGAAAAUGAAUCUGUGGAAGCAUUGGGCAGCGGUGACAGUAAAACGUUUAAGGACAAAAGCUAUUACGUUCUCAAGGAAGAUUAUGAAAUUGCACGUACCUAUCGCUGUGUGGCCAAUAACACGGUCGGUGUGGGAGCCUUCUGUGAAAUUGAAGUAGCCGCAACACCGUUCUAUAUUAUAUGGUGGAAAGAACAAUUGGCUUGGUGGCAGCGUUGGGAUAAACCUGCCCUCAUCAUUUUAGUGGCCAGCAUAUUGGUCCUGCUGUUAGCUGUGAUAAUCAUCUGUUGUAUUAUCAUUUGCAUUUGUCGCCGCCGUAGACGUCAGGAUAAAUAUCGAACUGAUGUCUCCAUGAGUGCCACCCACAGUGUUCUGUCAUAUCAACCAACAAUCCCACAAUUGAUAACAGGCGGCAAUACUGUGUUGCCCGACACUCUUAAGAUGCCAAUAAUGUCCAGCAUGCUGGUGCCUACUCUGGCCGCCGCUGUGCCACAAAUUGAAGAACAUGUUCAAAUUCCCAAGACAAUAACUACUGCAACACAAAUGCCACAACAACAAGAGACAAAAACAACAACUCAGCAAACGCCAAGCGCCAAUGUGAAAUUUACACUCAGACAAAAUAUUAGUAAUAAGCCCACAACACUGGACACAAAAGCAACACCACCUUCACCGACACAGACCACAACAACAUCAACAACCACGACGGCAAUAGCAUCAACGGCACCUAGCAAUAACAGCACUUUAACAACCACAAGCAACCAUAGCCAUACAGGCACUAGGACCGCCACCACCACACCCACAUUAAGUGUCCGACACUGCACACAGGCCCCCAAAUCACCACCCCGCUGGCCUUUGAGGCCGGGUGUUAUGGUGCAUGUAAGCAGUGAUACCAAAGAAAAUUUAGCUGUAAAUCGCAUGACAUUGAAGCCGACUGCAACUCUGGCUAAUUUAACUGCCUCGACAGUAAAUGACAGCUCGAUGUCUUCAUCAACACUAAAUACCAGUGUCAGCAACAACAAUAGCACCCAGACAACAUUACUCAAUGUCACCGGCACCGACUGUGGCACCGGGAUCCCCCAAAACACAGCCACUUUGGGUCGUGGCAGCGGAAUACCAGGUAGGGUAGAUAAUUUCAAUGCUAAACAGGUGGUGGUGGAUAGAUUAUUGGCUAACAACAGCAACAACAAUAAUAAUAAUGAACAAACUAACAUUAUUCCAACUAAUUUGGAUUGUACUAAAACUGACACCAAAGCAACGAAGAUGAUGAUGAGUGGAGAAAUUUCUUUAGAUCUUCAAACGGAACUAAGAGUCAUGGAUGCCAAGCAGACAGGCCAGGGCAAACAGCAAGAGGGCAUAGAAAUCGAAAAAUUCACAGCAGCAGCAGCAGCACAGGAAAAGGAAAUAUGUGUUGACGUCACUCCAAGAAAUGAUGACGAGAUGGGCAUCCAAGGCACCAAAAAAGAAAUAUGCAAGAAAUCUCGCCUUGAAAGAGUGGAAGAUUUCAUUGUGAAAAUUUUCUUUAAACGUAGGCGUUCAUCUCCAUCGAAUACCUGUCGUGAUAGUCAAAGAAGUCAUGUGGGCUUAUUGGGUGGGAAGUUUUGGAAGCGCCCAGAUGGUAAUGGGGGAACAGCAAUAGCGUCCUCCACAUCACCAUUUGCCACGGAGCAUAGAUUGAAGGGCAUAAGGAGCAGUGGCAGUGUAACGUAUAAAAAAUGUGUUAAAACCACAACAACAACAACAACAAAUACAUCAACGACCAUGACCUCCAACUCCAGCAGUAGUAGAGCUAAUGAAACGACAACGACCAAGACAACGACACAAUGUCCAACUAAUAUUAAUACACAUUUAAACAACACUCCAGUUAUUACCAGGAUCAUGGCAUUCAGCCAGCAGCAGCAGCAACAACAACAACAAGUUCCUCAACCUCAGACACAGACACAAUUACAAACACAACAUGCAGCACAACACCCAUUACCAGUAUCGAUGAUCUCAUCGGGGCCUUCCUUAAAUACCAAUCACCCGGUUAUAUCCGCAGACCCCAAAGGCGUUCGCAACAUCAUCAGCGGCACUACCAACGUCACGCACACAACCAUGUCCAGCACAACAAACGUUACACCAUCUACUGCAUUGAGUGCGGUGAGCAUGCGCGCCGACUCGAACGGCCAAAAUUCGAGUAUGCGAUCCGUGCGCAAAGGCAUACUCAAGGCACCAACACCACCGCCCAGACCCCCGCCACCGCUAAAACACCCCACGCAAAUGGCCCCACAGCAGCCACAAGAACGCUUGGUCCAACGCUCGAGCAGUCUAGUGGGUUACGGCCCCAAAAUCGAAAAAGUUCAAACAGUGCAAGAGAAGUCAUCUUCUAUGGCGGAUCCAUUAACGGAACCUGGAGAGUAUGAGAAUUUGCCGUUCCAUGGUCUGCAAACGGCUCCUAAUAAGUUUACUACUCCUACGACUCCUACAAAUUUUAAUAACAACACAAAUGUGGUGCGCAGUGUGCCACGACCCAAGAGACUCAAUGGAAAUAUCAGCCAAACAGCCGGAGCAGCAGCAACCUAUUACGGUGAACAUGAAAACGAUAGCCAACCACAACAGCAGCAACAGCAUUAUCAGCAACAGCAAUACAGCACAAUUCCCUCUAAUCGAAUAUUGGCGAAUGGCACCACCCGCAACGAAGGAGGUGUCAUUGUGCACAACAAUAACUCGCUAGCGGCCAACACUUUGCAACAUAAUCAAAAUAUCUCGGAUGCAGCCAGUCCAAAUCCCCAUCAAAUGACAUAUAAUCUCAAUAAUUGCUUCCCCAAAAGUUACACCGAAUACUAUCAGAAUCAGCAACAGCAACAACAUCAUCAAUUCCAGCAAAAGUAUGGCAAUAGCCUUUCAUUGUCUUCGAACACUCACUCUUCACAGCUGCAUGAAAUAGAACAUGACUUCAACACAUAUGCAGUGGUGGAGCGUCCACACAACACACCCACUUCCUCGGCCUCCUCCUCGAUGGCAGGACGAACCACAAAUCCUUUUCUGGCAGUAAGCAAUUUCAAGAAGUUUGAUGCCUCCGGCGAUGAGGAGGUCAGUGGGGCUAAUGGAGGAGUGGGUAACUACCAGACGACUUCCAUGAAGCGUCAGGGAAAACGUAAAACAUUCAUAGAUAAAUUGGAAGAUAGACGUUUCUACUCCUUGAAGUUUGCUGGCAAUAAACACAAACAGCCUAAUUCCAAGAAUGCCCCUGUGCAUUUUAAUGCCUCGCUGAUUGAGACUUCGGGAAGUCGAGUGACGCCAGAGUCAGGUUUAAUGAGUGCAGCAGCUGCUCGUGCGAUGGGCUCAUUGCUGGGAGCGGGUGGGGGUAACAACAACAAAUGCAAACGUCAUCAUUCUUUUGCUGGUGGUAGCCUUGGCGAUAUUGAAUCCAAGGGCCCUGUGAUGCGAAAUGGUCUGCAUUUCUACGAUCCUCCGGCCUAUGAGAAUGUCAAUGACGCUGUCCAGGUGCACGCCGCUGCCGUCCUAAGUGACAUGGAGCUGCCAGAUCCCAAGUCCUCGGCCGGCACUGCCACGGUACUAUUGCAUCCCUUGCCAUCAUAUGGCUCGCACAAUGGAGUGGGCGGUUCCGGAGGAUCCCAGGGUCCAAAGAAAAAACAUCACCAACGCCAACACCAGCCCAAGGAAGAUCUGAACUUAAUCGAACCCGAGCGUUUGAGCAUUUAUCGCAGCGACUCUGGCAUAUCGAAUUCGUCAUACGAGUGUGUCACCCCCAUACCCAAUGGGGGUGGAACCCAGCGCGGUUCAUCACCGUCUGGUAAAACCCCUCGCACUCCCAAAACGCCCAAAACUCCCAAGGGUCACAAAAAUCAAACAUUGGCCCAUUCGGCGGUGACUGCAAGUUUCAAUACUUCCCAGAAGAAACCGGCGCCCAGAGUGCCCUCGGCCCCUCUAUACAUGAAUCUAAAUGAUCAAGCUCCCAAUGGGGCGGGUGUAGGCAAUUUGGAAAGACCUUCAUCGCCUAAUUCCACUAUUGCCACAUCGGCCUAUGAAUCGGCCUCAUCUUCACAGAACGACACCACCUGUAAUGAUCCUACUUCGAUGUCUUCUACAAACUCACUGUACAGCAAUAACAAAUCAAUGGUUUCGGGGGCUUUACGCUGUAAUCGUCAUCAACAACCUCCCGAAUUAACUACACCCGAAGAGUAUGAACAAUAUCAGCUGGGCCAUCACAGCCAUACGCACUCGGCCUCCUCGCUAUCGGUAGCGAGCAGUAUUAGUGCCAGCGGUAACCCCAAUGGGAUUGGGAGAAACACCAAGUGCAAGAAACAACAGAGAUCUCUGGGCGGUGCCAAUGUGAAUCUAAUGGAGCUUAACAAACGCCCCCUUGCCCAUAAUUCAUUUUUAGCAACAAAUUCUGCCGCCACCACCACCACCACCUGUAGUAAGAAAUUUCGACGACAGACUAUCAGCGACCCCUACGCACAUAUCAAAGACAUCAACGAAUGUGAACAAUGGAGGCAAUUGCAGCAAUAUCUUGCUGCCAACCACGGGGACAUGCAAGCCAACAAUUAUUGCCCCAAAUCCCCGAACGCGUUCAAGGCAUCAGCAGCAGUUGUCGUCGCAUCAACAGCAACAGAACCAUCAGCAUGCGUCAUUGCUAAAUCACAACAACAUGAGUGGAGGCAGUCACAGCAGCAACAGUCUCAGCAAAAUGGCACACAAUCCAAAAAUGCCCUCGCUAAUAUCCAACGGUCUCAGUCACUCUCAGUCAACAGCAGCCUCCCACAUCAUCAACAACAAAUGCUAAUGUAUUACAACGAAACCAAUGACAACUUCGCCAAUAAAGUUGGCAUAAUGGCGGAUCCCUCAAUGCCAGCCUCUAAAAAUGACAAUGACCACGACAACAUUCGACCGAGUCGAAAGAAAAGAGCUACUGUUCCCAUCCAACAAUUGGGUGACCAUGGGCUAGGCCGUGCCAACCUAGAAAAAGACAGUCAAUCCUUAAGCAUAACACACAAAAAUCUAAGUGGUCGAAAUGCUGCUGACUCUGUUGAUGGUCAUUUUGAUGAUGUUGCUCUUAGCAAGGAGGAGAAGGGUCUAUUCCAUCAUCAAAAGCAGCUGCAAAAACAUCCUUCCCAAAAAGCAAAAUUACCCCUGACAUUUACAACCGCAGCUGCUGCAGCACUAGCACCUAAUCAAAGUCUUUCUGAUGAUCUAUUGGCCAACUGUAUUGGCCGUCCUGUCAAAUUGCCACUACGUAAAUAUCACAGUUUUCAUUUUCAGCCAACACAAACAGUGGCCGGCCAACAGCACUUGGGCAAUUUGCAACAAUUAAGAGCCAAGCAGCAGCAAAUGCAGACAAUUUUAAAUUUUCCUCAGCACAUGCUAAGUGAUGAUGACAAUUUAAAUUCAACUUAUAAUCAUAAAGGACCUUUGGUAUUUCGUCCUUAUCAAGUGAAUGAGGAGGUGACAUUUAAGCCCAUACAACCCUCUGAAGAAAGUGAAGACUCGAUGGAGUUGCAGCAGGACGGUUCAACUCCAGAAAUUCCCAAGAGGCAGGGUGAGGUAUAUAUGGACUCUGGAGAUUUUACAAAUUUUACCAAACUUUCAACACCCAAGAGGCAUAGCUCUGAGGAAAAUGAGGAACCGCCACAAUUGCCUAAAACCGCACCACCUGCAAAUUUUAGUGAUAUUAAAAAAUUGUAUGGGGAUAUGGAAAUAAAUUUUGAAACAAGAACAGUAACGGGAGCCUCCCUAACAAAAGCUGUUCAUACACCUGAGGAAAGAGGAAGUAGAACACAGGAAUUAAAAACAGCACUAAAUUCGGGAUGCGGCAACACUAAAACUAAUAUUUCCUCGCUAUUACAAAAAUCCCCCAAAUCGGGAUUUUCAAAACCGGGUAUAGACUACUUGGGGGUAUCUUACAUAACAGCUGCCAAUGAAAAAUCUCCCAAGACAACAAGAACACAAAUGAAAACGGCUACUCUUAAUUUGGAUUUAAAUAAAAACUCUCCAUCCAUAGAAUCACCACAACAUUUCAAAAUGCUGCAAAAGACCUUAACAGCUAACAACAACACUCCUGAUAGUUGGGGCCAAGCCAAGCUAAAACAAUUGGGCGAAAUUUAUAAACUUUCCAGUUCUGAAUCCUCAGAAGAGGAUAAAGAUUCCCCAGCUGCUAAACAGAAAUCUCAAAGAAAAUUAAAUUUUUCCAACGACAGGCAGAAGCAGAAACCAACCCUGAACCCUGCUGCCUCCUUAGAGGCCCUGGAAAUGUUGACAAAAUCUCAACCAGAGCUAUGGCGUUCCAAUCAUGCAGGAAGUCGCCAAAAUCUUCAUCAACUGGAACUGUUCCAUUCUUUGCAGAAAACUAAACUGCAAGAAAAAUCUCAAAAGGCAAGGGAAGAUGAUGAUGAUGAAGAUUUGGGUUAUUCAUUUUGUGAAGAUGAUAUUGAUGAUAAUGACGAUGUGAAGGAACUUGGAUAUGCCGGAAGUCCAAAGAAGAUUCCGCAACAUUCCCCCAGAGUUACCGUUAUAAUGGCUGCUGGCAAGGAUCAAGAAAAUCAGGUGAAAUUUAAAUUGACACAAACCCAUCAAGAGGUGCAGAUUUAGUCACAGCUACAGAAAAACAAGAAAAUUGGUAGGAGAUGGAAAGUGAGUAAUGGGAAAAGGUAGAUUUUGCUGAAAAAUGUACAUUUGAACCCAAGAAAACAAAGGAUGCUGGCAAAGUAAGCGGAAACUUUCAAAACAAGUCUCCUUGUCCUUGGAAUAUAUGAAAAAAAACCUCAAGAAGGCUGAUUUUAAAGUUACUCAACGUUUUAAGAAAAGGUCAUAUAAACUCAACAUAACUCAACUCUGGCUGCCAAUCAUCAAUAAAAAUAUAUUAGAAGUGUGAAAGCUGCCCCAGCCAUUUAAGAAAAAACUUUUAAAUUGCGACAUAACAACAUAAACUUCAAUAUGGAGAAGAGCAGAGGGAUAAGGAGAAAACUUUGUGAAGCUGCAUAUCAAUCUGCAAUAUCAUUAAAGAAAUACCAUUAAAACACUGGCAGCCAAAAUUGAAGAGUGUCAAAUAAACUUCAAAGUGUCUCACAUAAAAUCAAGAAAAAGAUUUAGAAACUCAAUAAAGCAUCAUGAGAUUUGAUAGGUAACGAAUAAAAAUGGAUGCAGUGACAGUAUGAAAAUAACCUAAAGCUGCCUGGUCUUAAUCAGCAAUAUAGUAUCAGAGUGACCAUUAUAACGCUGGCAGCUAAAGGCAUGAUCUAAAAUAAAACAAAGCCUUUUUAUAAAAAUAAAUCAUUAAAACUCAACGUAACAACAAGAACAUAAACACGUAAUCAAUAUGCAUAAGACCAGCAGUUAAACGAAUAGAACUCCAAGAAACCGAAUUGUAAACAAUAAAAUCAUUCCAGAGUUACCAUAAAAGCAGCCAAAAUUCAAGAGAGUCAAGUAAGCUAAAUAGUUAAAACUCAACAUAACAUAAUGAGAUUCGAUAGAUAUCGAAGAUGAAUAAAAGCUGCCACAGUAUGAGAAAACCCCCAAGCAGACAAAGUUCAAGAGAGUCAAAUAAAAUGUCAAGUAAACCAAUAGCCAAUUAAAACUCAACACAACACCCUAAAAUCGAAUAGAUAUGGAUGAUGCCUAGAAGUAGUGCCAGUAUGAGAAGAGCCCCAUGAAGCCUGAUCUUAAACAGCAAUUUCGUUCCAGAGUUACCAUCACAAAGUGGGCAAAUAAAGUUCAAAAAUUCUUUUAUAGAUUGGAAUUUUAGCCAGAACUCAAUCAAGAAGAAGUGAAACAGGAGCAAUUGCUUAAAAUUGAGUUGUUUUAGGACGUAUCUGAAAAUGUUAUCAUCAUAAUGGCUGCUGACGAAGGUCAAGAAAAUAAUGAAGAAAAAAAAAUUAAUUUGUCCUUAUAUCCUCAAGUAACAAAAAAAAACAGAUUUUGUCAAAACCCUCAAAACGAUAAACAGGAAAAUAAAUUGUAUAUAGAAAAUAAAAAAAAAACAAAUAUACCAAAUAAAAAAAAAAAUAAUUACAGCAACAAAAAGUGAAGCAUACAUGGCUUGAAAAACAAAGACAACCAAAACCAAAAUUUUAUUACCAUUAUUAUUACUAUGAUGAUGAUGAUGAAAACAACAACAGAUAUUACGAUUAGUAUUAUUAUAGAUUAUAUUUUGUUUAUACACUCGAGAAGAAUGGAAAACCAAAACAAAAAAAAAUCAAUUAUUAAAAAAAUGACUGUAAGUUUUGUUAGCAACUUAAAUGAUAUUAACUAUUAAAUCACAAAGAUAAACCAAAAAAUCUGAAAAAUAUAAAUAUAUAAACAUGGUGAAUAAAUGAAAGUUUUCUUUUUUGUAAGGAGCAUAGUGUAGCAAAUAGUUUAAAAAUCCCCUCACAAAACCCCAAGCCCAAAAAAUACAUGAAAAAUCAAACAAUAAGAAAUGGCCACACAGCAUAAAAAUUCCCCAUAAAGUCAUAUGUGUAUGUUAUAAACAUGAAUUUUGUUCUUUAUGUCUGUAUGUAUUAUAUAGAGAUACAAUAUAUGUAUGUGUAUAUUCGAUCGCCCUCCAAGCCCUGCCUAGACAUACCCACCACCACUACCCAAUGAAGUCCCCAAAGAAAAUCCUACCCUGCAGUGACCUUUAAAGGGCUAAAUAAGUUAUUAAGUUUAAGGCUAUUUGAUAGGAAUACUUUUAGUUAAGCAAAACAAACAAACCAAAACCCCCUCUACUCCUGACAAACUUCAAAAGACAAAGAUUGAAAUUUAAGUUCGUUCAUUAAGUUUGUAUUCAUUUAUUUAUUAAAUUAUUUAUGCAACUAUUUAUUUUAGUGUAAAUCAAUUAAAGCCCCCAAUGACAUGGAUGGCAAACAAAAAUUUAAAUUAUUAACAAAUAAAUUCCAAAAACAAACAAAAUAACCAAAAUCAUAAAAACUUUAA